AUGAACGGCAAUAACAAACUGCUCAACCUCGGCAGCUUCUGGCUAGAACUUGCCGAUACUCUAACCCACGCUGGGUUUCCUUCAAAUGGGUCGGCCUAUGGGGGCUCCCUAGAAGGAGAACUGCGUCUGAAGAAGUUUUCUGGUCCAGCUGAAACAGUCCCAUCUAAAGAUGUGAGAUUAUAUCAAACAUCUCCCUGGGCUGUUAGGCUGGACAAACAACAAAGAGAAAUGGCUUCCCAGAGUGAAGAAGAGAGAAUUAGUAGAUGGCUGGAGGGAGAAGACACUGAUCCUAGUGAUAUAGCGGAGAGUGACCCUGAAGAUCGUAUAUUAGAAGAGGACUGGUUGGAAGAAUCCCAGCAUGAUACGGACACGGAACAGGAAGGAAAUAGCACAGAGCCCGACCUGGAACGAGGUAUGAUUAGCACCCAUGAAUCCGAUAUAGAUUCCGAUGAUGAUAUACCCCUAAGUUCACUCAGAGACCAAUAUUAUACGUCCAAAAAUGGUACUAAGUGGAAGAAAACGCCUUAUCCUGUCACAAGAACACGUACUUGUAAUAUUCUUACGGAACGAGCAGGGCCUAAAGACGCAGCCAAAAAUGCGAAGUCCGAGCUAGAAUGUUUUGAACUGUAUUUUGAUCAAUCUGUUAUAGAGAUAUUAGUAAACUCCACUAACAUCUAUAUUGAGCACGUAAAAUCCAAAUUUUCUAGAGACAGAGAUGCUAAAUUAACAGAUAUUUUAGAGAUUAAAGCAUUCCUUGGCAUACUCUUUGUGAUGGGUGUCCACAAAUCCGGAAGACGGAACUUGGAGGAUUUUUGGAAUACGACCCGAGGUACAGGUACCGAAUUAAUUUAUCUCGUCAUGUCUCUAAAAAGAUUUAGAUUCCUGCUACGAACAAUACGAUUCGACAAUAUAAGAGACAGAGACGUACGUAAACAGCAUGACAAGCUAGCUCCUGUGAGAGAUAUUUUUGAGAAACUGGUCGCCAACUUUCAAAAAUACUUUGUACCGGGUGAAUACAUGACAUUAGAUGAACAACUUGUAGCUUUCCGAGGACUUUGUCCUUUCAGACAAUAUAUCCCAAACAAACCUGCUAAAUAUGGUAUUAAAAUCUUUUUACUAGCAGACGCUAAAGUACCGUACUCCUACAACAUGGAAAUAUAUGCGGGCGCCCAGCCUCCCGGUCCAUAUGAACAGUCGAACAAGGUUGUGGAUAUUGUGAAUCGAAUGCUUACUCCUGUGAAUAACUCGAGUCGUAAUGUCACGAUGGACAAUUGGUUCACGAAUAUAGAGCAAUGCACAGAGCUUCUAAAUAAAAAAAUUACCGUUGUUGGCACUUUGAAAAAAAACAAACCACAAAUUCCCGAAUCCUUCAAGCUUACUAAACAUCGAUGUAAGAAUGAUUCAAUAUUUGGUUUCCAAAAAGAGGGGACUUUAGUAUCAUACGUGCCAAAAAAAAACAAGGUGGUGCUAAUGUAUUCUUCUAUGCACUAUGAUGGAAAUAUCGAUUUGACAACAGGAGAGAAACGUAAGCCAGAGAUAAUAACAUUUUAUAAUAAUACAAAAUAUGGCGUGGAUAUUGUGGACAAAAUGUGCGGUUCUUACGACGUUUCCAGAAACUCUAGACGUUGGCCGCUCACUGUAUUCUUUGAUAUGAUGAAUAUAAGUGCCAUAAACGGAUAUGUUGUGUAUAUAAUAAACAAGGGCUACACUAACAAGCCACGAAAAGAUUAUUUGUACGAAAUUGGUUUUCACCUUGUCGCUCCGUGCAUAAAGCGCAGAAUAACUGUCGAAUGCAUUCCAAAAUCCCUGAAAAUAAAAGGAAAACUUCUUUUGGGUCUAAAUGAUCCCUCUGAGUUGAACCCGGGCCCAGCACAACCCUCAAACACCGGACGUGUUGGUAAAUGUUCUUUCUGUGGCAGAGCGCGCAACAAGUCCACCAGGAAGCUUUGUUAUAUAUGUAACAAGUGGAUUUGUCCCGACCAUCAGGUUCUUCUUUGUCCCGACUGUGCCAAAAACGAAGAAAUGGAGGUGGAAGACAUGACUGAUCAAGAAAUAUGA